AUGCUACCCAGUCUAAAUACUGCUGAGCUAUACGACCCAUCAACAGCAAAUUGGACAUUUACUGGUAACAUGAAUAGUAGUCGAACAUUCCAUACAGCAUCUGUAUUAACAAAUGGAAAAGUUUUAGUCACUGGUGAGCAGGGUAAUGAAGACCGUGCUCUGAAUACUGCUGAAUUGUAUGAUCCCGCAACAGGAACUUGGACAACUACGGGUAACAUGACUACUGAACGAUGUGAUCACAGAGCAUCGGUAUUACCAAAUGGAAAAGUGUUAGUUGCUGGUGGAUCUUAUAAAAAAAACUGCUGA